AUGCGAAUAAUCCACGACGAUGGAUAUAAUCACGAGGAGCGAAAAAUGUACAAAAAAGUUGUGUAUUCAAAUAUCAUCCAAUCACUGACAACGAUAAUUCGAGCCAUGGAAACGCUGAAAAUCCCCUUUGCGGAUAAGCCGCACGUCUUCCGCGCCGCUCAAAAAUUCUUGCGCUUUGCGGAAAGCGCCGACGCGGACGAAGACGAGUUUCCCGAUGAGAUUUGCGAUGUGAUGCGUGAGAUUUGGGAUGAUUAUGGGGUUCAGGAGGCGGUGGCGAACCGGGCUCGCGAGAUCAAUCUGAAUGACUCGGCCCCGUAUUUUCUGGAUCAGAUGGAUCGGAUUUUUCAUCCGGAAUAUGUGCCGAAUCAGGAUGACGUGUUGAGGACUCGAAUUAAGACGACAGGGAUUAUUGAGACACAAUUUUAUUACAAGGAUCGAUUGUUUUUGGUUUUCGAUGUUGGCGGGCAAAGAUCGGAGCGUAAAAAGUGGAUACAUUGUUUUGAGCACGUUACUGCGCUGAUUUUUUGUGUAGCGCUUUCAGAAUAUGAUAUGGUACUGGUGGAGGAUCGCGUUACGGUAUGUUCCUUUGAGAAAGGGGGGGGUGGGGAAGGGGGGGGACACAAUUUUAAAGCUGGAAAUUUUCUAGAUCGGAGAAAAAAUUCGGCUCUAUCUCAACAUAAGGGUCCGAAAAAAAUAUGAGGGCCCGCCCAAAAUAUAUCAAACCACACGAAAAAAUUUUCUUUGGUUUAAAAUUUACGGACCCUCAUUUUUUUCGGACCCUCUUUUUUUUCGGACCCAUGAAAAAAAUAACGGACCCUCUUUUUUUCGGACCCUUAUAUUGAGAUAGAGCCAAAAUUUCAAACCACCCGCGGGCUAGCGUCAACGCGGAGUCUCGUUGUUUUUUUUUUGCAAAUUUUUUUUUCGGAAAAUGACAAUUUGCAUGGAAAUAACUAUUUUUUGGGGUACUGUAGCACACAAUUGUCGUCAAAGUGUUUGCACAAUUUUAUGAAAUUGCGGAUGCAGAAAAUUUUCAAAAAAAAAAAUUUUUUUUUUCAAAAUCGCUCAAAUUUGAUAGUUUUUGAGUUGAAGGGUGGAGGGAGUACGGUAUGUGCCUUUAGCGUCAACGCAGAGUCUCGUUGUUUUCUUUUUUUUUGCAAAUUUUUUUCGGAAAAUCUCAAUUUGCAUGGAAAAAACUAUUUUUUGGGGUACUGUAGCACACAAUUGUCGUCAAAAUGUUUGCACAAUUUUAUGAAAUUGCGGAUGCAGAAAAUUUUCAAAAAAAAAAGAAUUUUUUUUUUCUCAAAAUCGAUCAAAUUUGAUUGUUUUUGAGUGAAAGAUACCGUAGCGUCAACACGGAGUACGGUAUCUUUUUUUUUUUGCAAAAUCACCUACAGUACUAUUUUCCCGCAUUUUUUACUGUAGCACACGAUUCUCGUCAAAGUGUUUGCACAAUUUUUAUGAAAUUGCGGUUGCAGGCAAUUUUCAAAAAAAAAAAAUUUUUUUUUCUCAAAAUCAGUCAAAUUUGAUCGUUUUUGAGUCAAAGAGUAGAGGGAGUACGGUAUCUUCCAAAUCACCCUACAGUACUCCUUUCACCUACAAAAUCCCUCAUUUUUUUCCAGAAUCGAAUGCGUGAAUCGCUAAAAUUAUUCGACUCAAUUUGCAACAAUAAAUGGUUCAAAGAAACGUCGAUUAUCCUGUUUUUGAACAAAAAAGAUUUGCUGAUGGCUAAAAUUCGCAAAUCCCCGUUGACCCACGCUUUUCCAGAAUAUAAAGGUAAACAUUUUUAAAAAUUUGAUUUUCGCGCCACCUACAGUACUCUUUUGUUUUUCCCUUCAGGACCCAAUGAAUACGAAGAAGCUUCUGCAUAUAUUCAACAGAAAUUUGAGGACGUAAAUGUUGGACAGAAGGUAGGUUUUUAAUCAAAAAUUUCAGGAAAAACUAGAAUUUCAGAUUUUCCAGCACAAAAAUUUUGAAAAAUCUGAAAUUUUUCCAGCAAAUCUACACCCAUUUCACAUGCGCCACCGACACAAAUAACAUCAGAUUUGUUUUCGACGCCGUCACCGACAUUAUUAUUCGAGAUAAUUUGAAAAUUUGUGGACUUUAUUGA